AUGACCUUGAGCGAAGUUUUGGCAACCGAUAACACGGCCAAACAGGGUGAGGGUUCGGAUCCUGUACUUAGUACUGGAACUACUGCUGUUGAAGGCAGUGAUUUUCCACCCCUGGUAACACGCUUCAAUUGUGAUUCCUCUGCCCGUGAGUUAGACGUACUAACCAAGAAACGACCACUUGAACAUACAGAUGAUCAUUCUGAUGAUGACACCUCCCGACAAUCUCCUGCUGUACGUAAACAGAAAGCUGGCGAUGAAAAUCUGCAUGUGCCCCAAGACGAAAUGCAAGUAGAUUUAAUUGCAGUUUCUGAUACAUCUCGCUCACUGCCAGAAAAUGCAACGGCAGCUGCCGACAGCGAGAAAGUAGAAGUCCCCCAAGCAGUGACAACUUGCCCAGCUGUAAACAGCGAUAAUCAGCUGUUUACCGACGGGAAGUUCGCGGAAGCGGUAGAACAACAACACCGCGACACCGCAACAGCACAGCAACCGGCACCAGAGUGUAAACAAGUGAAAGUGUUUACUCCUGAACCGGAAAAUAAGCAAACACCGUCGCAAGCGUCACAUCAACCGAAGGUAGCAUGUAAACAGCAGGCAGUGUUUACAAACCAGGUCUCUCUAGACACUGCUGCUGAAGCGGCCGCGUCGAGUGUUGCCACAACAAAAUCAGUGCCCGCCAUAACUACUACGGAGUUCCCUCCCCUGAGCGUCAUUACAUCACACCCUUCUGUUCCCGGUUGCGAUCUCCAGAAUAAGAAGCGACCGUUGGAAACGACCGAUGACGGCUCGGACGGCGAGUCCGCCCGUAAUUCGCCUUCCACCCGCAAGCAGAAGCAGUGUAAUGCGGAUGUGCUCGAGGAAACAAACAGUACAUGUAUUGACGUGACGACAGCCGCUGAGGCAACCCGGCCGCUGUCGGCGGCUGAACAGGUACAAACGGUCCACGGAGGGGACGCAGUAACGAUUGUCGCGGAGACGGAAGAGGCGCACUCCGAAGCACAAGAGGUGACGGAGCGGAACCCAACUCAAGAACUUACAGACCCACAAACCGCCGACUCAGUCAGUGCUCUGGAGCUAGUGACGGAAGAACAAGGAAAUGGCACUCGUAAAAAGGACGCUGUUGAGGCAGCUUCGGUCACAACGGUGGUAAAGAUAGACAAUCCGAAUGACGGCGCGUUGAACCAAGAUGUCCGAAGACGCCGACUCAAACCGCUACCUACUCUCAAAGCUUCCCGUAACCAAAGCAAACAACAACCAGCGCAAGAGGAAGCGACGGCCAAGAACGUCUUGUAUGAAAUCAUCACGGAAAGACCUAAGGAGGUACCUUCAAGUGACAUUAGUGAUGCAAAGCCCCUCGCGCCCGCCAUAACUACUACGGAGUUCCCUCCCCUGAGCGUCAUUACAUCACACCCUUCUGUUCCCGGUUGCGAUCUCCAGAAUAAGAAGCGACCGUUGGAAACGACCGAUGACGGCUCGGACGGCGAGUCCGCCCGUAAUUCGCCUUCCACCCGCAAGCAGAAGCAGUGUAAUGCGGAUGUGCUCGAGGAAACAAACAGUACAUGUAUUGACGUGACGACAGCCGCUGAGGCAACCCGGCCGCUGUCGGCGGCUGAACAGGUACAAACGGUCCACGGAGGGGACGCAGUAACGAUUGUCGCGGAGACGGAAGAGGCGCACUCCGAAGCACAAGAGGUGACGGAGCGGAACCCAACUCAAGAACUUACAGACCCACAAACCGCCGACUCAGUCAGUGCUCUGGAGCUAGUGACGGAAGAACAAGGAAAUGGCACUCGUAAAAAGGACGCUGUUGAGGCAGCUUCGGUCACAACGGUGGUAAAGAUAGACAAUCCGAAUGACGGCGCGUUGAACCAAGAUGUCCGAAGACGCCGACCCAAACCGCAACCUAAUCUCAAAGCUUCCCGUAACCAAAGCAAACAACAACCAGCACAAGAGGAAGCGACGGCCAAGAACGUCUUGUAUGAAAUCAUCACGGAAAGACCUAAGGAGGUACCUUCAAGUGACAUUAGUGAUGCAAAGCCCCUCGGUAAAACUAAAACCCGAGAUGUUCGGAAUCCUGCACCAAAAUGA